GGCUCAUGUUUUGUGUUGCCAGUAACAUUCAGUUGACACUAGGCAGCCAUGGGGGAGAGUGUGAUCGACAAUGUUAUUCUUCUUGCUGACUCGUACAAGAUCUCCCACCACCGCCAGUACCCGCCCGGCACCUCAUCAGUGUACUCGUAUUUUGAGUCACGUGGAGGCAGGUUUCCUUACACUGUUUUGUUUGGUCUACAAUACAUACUGAAACGGUGGUUACAAGGUUCUGUAGUCACAAAGGAGAAGAUACAGGAGGCUAAAGAACUCUUUACUGCUCACUUCAAAGGAAACGGUGUUUUCAACGAAGAGGGAUGGAAUUACAUCGUAGAACGUCAUGGUGGAAGGUUACCCCUGCGUGUUUGUGCUGUACCUGAGGGAACAGUUGUGCCCACAAAAAACGUUCUUUUUACUGUUGAGAGCACCGAUCCCAUGGUGCCCUGGGUCACUAAUUACUUUGAGACAAUAUUUGUACAAGUAUGGUAUCCUAUGACUGUGGCAACAAACUCACGAAUCCAGAAGCAAAUCAUUCAUCAGUACCUCAAGGACACACACGACAACCUGGAGUCUCUUCCUUUCUUGCUGCAUGACUUUGGAUAUCGAGGGGCAUCCUCAGUCGAGAGUGCUGCCAUUGGUGGAGCUUCACAUCUGGUAAACUUUAAGGGAACAGACACUAUAGCUGCAUUGGCCUUCUUACGGAAGUACUACCAUUCACCAAUGGCGGGUUUCUCCAUCCCAGCUUCUGAACAUUCCACUGUCACCACUUGGGGGCGAUCAGGAGAAUCGAGUGCAUUUCGCAACAUGAUGGAAGCCUUUCCUGAUGGUGCUGUGGCAUGUGUGAGUGAUUCAUACGACAUAUGGAAAUGCUGCGAGAAGAUAUGGGGGGAGGAGCUGCGAGACGCUGUGAUCAAGAGAGGCAAAAAUGGAGGCACUCUGUUAAUUAGGCCAGACAGUGGUGAUCCUCCUUCUGUAGUUCUCAAGUGUUUAGAAAUUCUUGGUAAGGCUUAUGGAACAACGGUAAACUCCAAAGGUUACAAACUUCUUCCUCCGUAUUUAAGAGUGAUUCAAGGUGAUGGCAUAUCUUACAGAACCAUAGGAGUUAUAUUGGAGAAUUUGAAGGUUCAUGGUUGGUGUGCUGCAAAUGUUGUCUUUGGCAGUGGAGGAUCCUUACUGCAGAAGGUUGAUCGUGACACUCAGAAAUGUGCUUAUAAGUGCAGUUAUGCAGUCAUCAAUGGUGAGGGUGUGGAUGUGUACAAGCAGCCAAUAAGUGACCCCAGCAAGACUAGCAAGAAGGGACGCUUGGCUCUACACCACGUGAAUGGAACUUAUGUCACUCUUGAGGGAGGAAGAAGUGAUCCUAAACUGGCAUCCUGCGUGUGUGAAGUGAUACAAGAGUUCUUCACAAAGGAACCACACUACUGUCCAUAUCUAAUACAGAGAAGGCCUCAUUGUGUUCCUCCUUUAAAACUUACCUCUCGCUCAUCUUCUUGUGAGAUACAAACUCAAAGAAAGACUUUGAUUUAUAAUACUGCAUUCUCUAAUUUUAAGUCUUCCUCUACUUUGUGUAAACAUAAUCCUAAAGAAAAUAAAAAGCCCUUGCAGGGAAGCAAGAAGAGGUUACAGAAAGCUCCUUAUGCAACCUCAUCAUUUAAUCAACCAUGUUCUGGUUUACUACACAAUAAAAAUAUGUUGAAUUCCCAAAACUUGGCUUAUAAGAUAAAUCAAUGUUGGGAUGCACAAACACCCCAGCCUCCUGUUGACUCUUGCUCUACUGCUUUAUGUGCGUCACCUCCCUUCUUUCAUUAUUCUCCUUCUGAACCUUUCACAUCCUCACCUUUCGUCAUAGAUGCGGUCAUCUCUCAACUGAAUGGCAAGGAUGUGUUGGUCCCAGUGUUUGAGAAUGGAGAAUUGCUUAAAGACUACACCCUGGAGGAGAUAAGAGAAAAGGCAGAUCUGAGCCCAGAAGAUAUUGAUGUUUUCAAGUUUUUGGCUGAAGAAAAAACAUAAUUAUCUCACGAGUUAUGGAAAGAACAGGAAGCAAUAUUGUACCCCCCCCUCCCACAAAAUAAAUACAACCUGUACAACCUGUACUACUGCUACCACUUAAUGUCUUAAUCACUCAUAACUAUCUCACAUGGUCAAGAAAUUCCCACCUGGCAGUCUAUAUCAUUUUAAUGUUGACAUUUAUGUGAAAUGUGGUCUUAACAUCAAUUCCAGAUUCCAGCCAAAACUGACCUGGCACUGACUGUCUUUUGGGGUUAGAUAUGGUUCUUUAUUUAUAGAGGAUGAUAUAAUGUCAAACCACUUCAGAUUAAAUCAAUAAUGAGAUUUUACAAAGAAAAUAUAUCCAUCUAUUAGAGCUGUAAGUGUUUUGAGAUAAAAAAAUCUAAACCUAUCAAUUAUUGAGGAAUAAAAAAAAUUAAGCUCCAAGUAUUUCCAGAUUCGAAAAAGAAGAAAAAAUCUAGACCUAUCAAUAUUUAGAGAAUUAAAAACACUUCAAUUUCCAACAUGAUCAUUACUGUACCUUUGAAAUUAUAAACAAAUAUGAUUCACUUAACAGAAAAAAUAUCUUUCAACCUUUAGUGGCUCACUAUUGUGACCCACUAAAGGUUGAAAGAUAUCAAGAUAUCAACUAUUAACAUAUGAAGCUCUUAUUCAAUGUCUAUUCCUCAAAACAUAACUCUUUUACAGUAUUCCUGUUUUGCAAGUUUUCAUUACAAAAUGCAACAAGGCAAACUAAAAUCCAUCAAAAGUCAGGUCAUAGCUUACAUAAGUAAUAACAUGUAGGUGCUCUAAGAAUGAGUUAUGCAAUUGUAUAUAACUUUUAUGACUAAUUAAUCCAGUCUUUCUUAGUGCUGGAUGUUGAUGGUGUAUCCACUUGACCUUGUUUCUGCCUUGGGCUAAUACUACUGUAAGUCUUGUAUGUCCUGGCUGUGUCUAGUUUUACCUGUAAAAACAAACUCCUUUUUCACUCUUAUCACUACAUAGUAUACAACAAUCAGGACUGGAACAAGCCACAAAAUUUGUUGUGUACAGUUGUGGACAAAAGUCCUGUCACCUUUCCUGCUACUCCACAAACUGCGAGAUUCAGGCUCAUGAACCCAAAGCAGCUGACACGAGGCAUUACUCUGUCCAUAAAUGCUUCAGAUUCAUGAGUCUGAAUCUCAGGGUUUGUGGAACAAUAGAGGUGACAGGACUUGACUUUUGUUCACGAAUGUACAUCACUACUCUUUAAGCAGUGUUUAUUCACUUAGGGAGGGAGGGAGGAAGGAAGGAAGGAAGGAAGUGAGUGUGUGUGUGUGUGUGUUUUUUUUGACAUUAAUAAUGCACAAAAAAUUUUGACUAACACAAUUAAAAUCUCUUACUAAGCAUAUACAGUAAAACUCCCAUAAUUCGAAAAAAUAAGGGCUCUAGCCCUUACAAAAUAUGAGAUUUUACAAAAUUAGAGGGACACCACCAGAGGGGAAGAAAAUCAAUGGAACUUUCCAUUUAAACCUUAAUGCAAGUAAAUCACUGUAGGUGCGCGUGAUCUAGGUAUAUGCUGAUAACCACAAAAUUGUCCAGCUUGCACAAGCUGGACAAUUUUGUAAUUAA